CUUGCAGGACACAGAACUAAUCCAAUUUUCCUGGUGUUAAUCCCUGAACCCGCACACUCAAGCUUCUUGUCCUUCUCCUUGGUUCAUUGGUGCCGCAUUGACAGUCCCACAUUAAUUUUGAUAGCAAACUAGUCAUCUGUUGAUACCUCUAGAGCCUUUAGGAACAGCGCGGUGGUGCGGGCCAAGCCCGGAGCGGCGGUUCUAGCGGGCUGAGCAGCCAUGGCAGCAGCAGCUCAACGUGCUCGCAACCAGCGGUUGCCGCCGGAGGUUAACAGGGCUCUAUUCGUUCGCAACCUUCCAUUUAACAUCUCUUCGGAUGAGAUGUAUGACAUCUUCGGCAAGUAUGGCCCCAUCCGUCAGAUCCGAAUUGGUACAACCAAGGAGGCGCGCGGUACCGCAUACGUCGUGUAUGAGGACAUCUACGAUGCGAAGACGGCGUGCGACCAUCUGUCAGGCUUCAACGUGGCAAACCGCUACCUGAUUGUACUGUACUUCAACCCAGUCCGGCAUAACAAGAAGGUGAGCACAAAGGAGCAAGAGGAGCAGCUGCAGAAGAUGCAGAACAAGUACGGCGUGGACGGGCAACAGCACUCGAAAGGCGGCAAAUGAUAGGUUAUGUGACGGUGGUGCUAUUCGUGCCUGACGUGCUGGGUUCCCUUUUAAUGCACUGCGCGGUCAACAGUCGGCUGUGACUUUGAUUGCUUGGGCGUUGGGAAUGUUGAAAGAUGGUGCCUGGGUUUGGCAUACGAGGACGCAUGGAUGCAACGGACAUCGGCGUGUUUCAAAUAUUGUUGACGACGCGUAGCGGUGCGCAUGAAAUUUCAAGUUAGCGGAAGGCCCCGACUGAUGGCACCGGGGCUUCCUUGAUGCGGCAUGUGCAUUGCCCGCGCAGCGAGUUGAGGCAGGAAUGUGUUGGUCGCCGUACUGCGCGAGGCUGUGUCUUGGUGAGCAGGGAUGCCCCUGUUGGCGAGCGUGUGAUGGCGAGGAGGACGCGAGGUCUGAGCAGGCAGAUCCAGGCAUGCAACUGGCGCCAACUUCCGUAAGUAGUUCGGGGCCUUGACUUUGUGCUGAUGAGUCAUGAGCAAAGCUGGAAUGGAGAAGCAAUGUAAGCAUGCUGCAGU